GGAUCUGGCAGCAGUAGGCGGGCUGACUCGGCACACGACGUCCACCAUCAGUCAGAAGAAUACUACUUGGCGACGAUAUCCUAGCGACACACCGCUUUUUGUGGACAUGUCGGACGGAAACGAAGACGUUCAGACGUCCGAAGAGACGCUGGGUGAAGAGCAGGAGGUUCAGGACAAAAUGAUCAAUCCAGAGAAAGCAGAGGAGGCCAAACUGAAGGCCAGAUAUCCAAACUUGGGGAAUAAACCCGGCGGCUCUGAUCUGCUACGUAAACGCCUUCAGAAGGGGCAAAAGUACUUUGAUUCCGGCGAUUACAACAUGGCCAAAGCCAAGAUAAAGAACAAGCAGUUACCAACAGCGGCGCCGGAGAAGACCGAGAUUACAGGCGACCAUAUCCCCACCCCCCAGGACCUGCCUCAGAGGAAACCCUCCCUGGUGGCCAGCAAACUGGCUGGCUGAUGAUGCUCAGUCAGGCGUCCACUAUACACCUCCAAGAGCUUGUAACAUUACCUCUCCCCACCCCUCACAGGAACACCUGUUUACCAACUCAGCCACCCUAACCCCGCCCAGCAGGAAAUACUUUGCUGACACCUUCCAAUCAGUCUUUCUUUUACUCCACUGGCUGCUAUCUCAGCUCUUGUAUCCUUCUGUCCUCUUUGCAUUUCUCUUAAUUACUCUCAUGUAAGAUACACUGAAAGACAGGACAUCAAAAUGUUAACGAUUGAGAACUACAAGCUUUUAGAAGACAACAAAGGCUUUUAUUGUGACGAGAGUGUGUAUAUAGUACAUUUCAUUUUGUUAGGCACAUCAGCCAUUUUGCAGAUUUCUUAUCAUUUUACUGUAUUUCCUUCUUUGUGUAUAGGACACUGUCAGUAAGCUCCAUUCAUUUGUUUUUUAUCUCUCAAGAAGCGGUGGCGUUGUAUGUAAGGACCACAGUGUUGGACUGUGUGAACCCACGCCCCAAAAACUCCCAAAUGCAAAGCUUUUUUAAAAACAAAAUGAAUUGAUGUUCUUACUAAGCUCCACACAGAAGCUGCAUGUAAGCAAUGAAGCUGAUAAACGCUGCAUUCAAAGACUACUCGGGACCAGGAAAAUUGCCUUUAAAGGGGAGAUGAGAGAGAGAUGAGUGUAGGUCCCUACUAUCAUUCUAUGCCCGUUACAUCUGUGGGCACUGGGAUCAGACAAAGAAAGCCCUUUGUUCUGUCUUUAUUGCUUUACCAGGGUCCUCCACAGAUGUGUAAUCCAAGCUAGCACAUUUAUCUAGCAUGUAAAUAAAUGGUUGCCCUCCUGUUCUUUUGUGCCAUUUUGGUUUGUAAAUAAAAUAGUUUUGCACAAAUA